GACCUAGGCAAACACCCAGACAGAACCGGGAGCUCGGCGGGGGCCUGCGGGGGUUCUGCGGAGGCUGAACAUGUCGUACCAAGGCAAGAAGAGCAUUCCGAGGAUAAUGAGUGACCAACUUCUGAUCAAAGGUGGAAAGAUAGUCAACGAUGACCAGUCAUUCUAUGCUGACAUAUAUUUGGAAGAUGGCUUGAUAAAACAAAUUGGAGAAAACCUCAUUGUUCCUGGUGGCAUCAAAAUUAUUGAUGCAUAUGGCCUGCUGGUCCUGCCAGGUGGAAUAGAUGUCCACACACGGCUGCAGGUCUCUGUCAUGGGAAUGAACUCUGCUGAUGAUUUCCAUCAAGGCACCAAGGCUGCCUUAGCAGGAGGAACCACGAUGAUCCUGGACCAUGUGCUCCCGGAGCCCGGAGUGAACCUGCUCACUGCCUUCGACCAGUGGCGAGAAACUGCAGACAGUAAAUCAUGCUGUGAUUACUCCCUGCACAUCGACAUCACCCGCUGGCAUGAGAGCCUCAGGGAGGAGCUGGAGGCCUUGGUGAAGGACAAAGGUGUGAACUCCUUCCAAGUUUUCAUGUCCUAUAAAGACAAAUACCAGUGUACUGAUGGCCAGAUGUAUGAAAUUUUCAGCAUUAUCCGAGAACUGGGAGCUAUUGCACAAGUUCAUGCCGAAAAUGGGGAUAUCAUUGAUGAGGAACAGAAGCGAUUGUUGGAACUUGGGAUCACGGGACCAGAGGGCCAUGUUCUUAGCCACCCUGAGGAGGUGGAGGCAGAGGCUGUGUACCGGGCAAUCACCAUUGCCAAGCAGGCCAACUGCCCCCUCUACAUCACCAAAGUGAUGAGCAAAGGAGCAGCAGAUACGAUCGCUCACGCUAGGCGCAAAGGGACUGUUGUGUAUGGAGAACCCAUCACCGCUGGCCUGGGCACUGAUGGCUCGCACUACUGGAGCAAGAACUGGGCCAAAGCUGCGGCCUUUGUCACGUCCCCCCCAAUAAGCCCAGACCCCCUGACUCCUGACCAUCUCUCAUCUCUGCUCGCAAGUGGGGACCUGCAGGCUGCUGGCAGUGCCCACUGCACCUUUACCACAGCCCAGAAAGCUGUUGGCAAAGACAACUUUACAAUGAUUCCUGAAGGCACAAAUGGGAUUGAAGAGAGGAUGACCAUCAUUUGGGAGAAAUGCGUGGCCUCAGGAAAGAUGGACGAGAAUGACUUUGUUGCUGUGACCAGUGCAAACGCUGCAAAGAUCUUCAAUUUGUAUCCUCGUAAGGGCCGGGUGGCUGUGGGGUCCGAUGCAGACCUCGUCAUAUGGAACCCAAAGGCGGCCAACGUUAUCUCCGCUAAGAGCCACCAUCUGAAUGUGGAGUACAACAUCUUUGAAGGAACUGAGUGCCGAGGGGCUCCCACGGUGGUCAUUAGCCAAGGAAGAAUUGUAUUGGAAGAUGGAAAUCUCUUUGUCACACCAGGAUCAGGGCGCUUUGUUCCUCGGAAAACCUUCCCUGACUUUGUCUAUAAAAGGAUUAAAGCAAGAAACAGGCUGGCUGAGAUUCAUGGUGUGCCAAGGGGGCUCUAUGAUGGCCCAGUCCAUGAUGGGAUUGUGACAGCCAAGUCAGCAGCCCCAACACCAGCCUCCAGAAUCACCUCCUGCUCUGGCAAAAUCACAGUCCCCCCCAUCCGCAACCUGCACCAGUCUGGAUUCAGCUUGUCUGGCUCUCAAGCUGAUGACCACAUUGCCAGGAGGCCAGCCCAGAAGAUCAUUGCCCCUCCAGGAGGACGGUCCAAUAUCACAUCUCUAUCCUAGGGAGGGCCUUCCGGGCCUUCAGCACUGGUUCUCAUUGGCCACCUACCAAACUUCUGAGAAGGGCCCUACUUUGCCUCCAUUCCCCCCCCACCAGUAGGCUUUCCUUUCUGAGAAGUCUGGGUCCCCUUGUAAGACACCACCCCAAGAGAAGGCAGGCCCAGGGGAGUUGGCACUGCCUGCCCACAGUAGCGGAGUAGGGACAUUUCCAGGUCCACAGCUCCAGCUGCUACCUGGCUUCCUGCCAUGCCCAGCCUCCUCCAAGGAAGAAAGUGGAGGCAAGAAAAGGCAGCUGUCUCAAAAUUCUGGACCUCUCAGGAAUAGAUGGGGUAGGGCACCAAAUGCUAAAAAUGGCACUUGUCCAAUGAACGCCCUUCCAUUCCCUUCGCAUUGACCAAGUUUCUGCCAUGGGGCAGACCCCGGGCUGAGCACAGAGACACAAAGACAAAACUGAAACAGUCUUUACCCUUAGGCAGCCCUUCUCAUAGGACACUUCCAGCCCCUGCAGGCCCCCUUGCCCCCCGAGCCUGACCAUAGGGUGCUUUCUAGACUUGCGCACUGCCAGUGAGAGCAGAGGGACUUCUCAAGACCCACCAGGUCUCGAACCCUGCUCUGUUUUGACCGCCGACAUAUUUCUGAGGGCUGCAAUCAUCAAUAAUAACGAAGCCUCUGUUUCCUAUCUGCCACUCACAGCCCUGUGUCCCUAGCUAGGCUGUUUUCCUGCCCACACUGCCAUAAGCACCAUCAAAGUCCUUACUCAUUCCCCUUCAGGGGCCUAGACUUAGGAGGAGGCUGGCUUCAGCUCAGGCCUUUGCAACCACAACUGGGUUGUUUUACAUUUCCAAGGACCAAAUGUUAGCCCAGUUCUAGACAAAUGUUAAGGCCAUUAGAUAACUAGCGUUUGUAUUUGUUACAAAACUGGAAUUUCCCUUGAGCUCUUUGGAAGCUGUGAAGUGACUCCAUCUUCUCCGGCAUUCCACAGAUGAUCCAUCCUAGUGCUAGGACAGACCGUGUGCUCCCUUGUGAUCAAUGAAUUUGGACCAGCUAGCCAGCAGCCCACCAGGAGCUGGGUUUUGUUAGCCUGCUUCCCCUUCUCUUGCAUGGGACCUCUGGAAACACUGUGCCCCCCACCCUUCCCUGGUGCUCACCCCCUUCCCUUCGCCUGUGUCUUAAGUCUUGAAAAUAAUCCACUAA